CGGUCCGUCGCCCGCCGGGCGCCUUCCCCGCGCCUUUUGCCUUCGGUGCCCGCUCCUCCGGCCGCUUUCCUCCCGCCCUCGCGCCCCUCCGGCCCGCCCCGUCCAGCCCGGGCUGCCCGGCUCCCGCAGGCCCCCCCCGCCGCCCGCGUUCCUAUGGACAGACGCACAGACACCUGCAGGAGUGACACUGCUGAUCCUGUAACAUGGAGGAUUGUCUUCAUACCUCAUCUGAGAAUCUGUCCAAAUUGGUCAGCUGGGCCCACAGCCAUGGGACUAUUUGCAGCCUCAUUCCAAACCUGAAACACUUGCUUUCUGAAGGUUCCCAUGGGAACCUGACAGCAAUGUGGGGCUGUAGUGCUGGCCAUGCUUAUCACUGGCCGCUAACAGCUACUUGCAGAGCUGGGUCCCAAGAGAGGGUCUGUUUCCAGGAUAACAGAAGUUUUAACUCUGAUAGUCCCAGUAUAAUCGGGGUGCCCUCUGAGACACAGACUAGCCCUGUUGAAAGGUACCCUGGGAGACCAGUGAAAGCAAAGCUAGACUGUAACCGGACCAGAGACUCUUGUGACUUCUCCUAUUGUAGUGAGCCCUCUGAACUGGAUGAAACUGUUGAAGAAUAUGAAGAUGAGAACACCCUGUUUGACAUGGUUUGUGAGUCUUCUGUUACAGAUGAGGAUAGUGACUUUGAACCCCAAACCCAAAGGCCUCAAAGCGUUGCUCGCAAAAGACCUGGGGUAGUCCCAUCUUCCCUCCAUUCAAGCUCCCAGGCGCAGAUGGUUGACGAAUGCAGCAAUGAUGUCAUCAUCAAGAAAAUCAAACAAGAAAUCCCUGAAGAUUAUUACAUUGUGGCAAAUGCAGAACUGACAGGAGGAGUGGAUGGACCAGCCCUAUCCUUGACACAGAUGGCAAAACCCAAGCCUCAGACUCACGCUGGUCCCUCCUGUGUAGGGUCUGCUAAACUGAUUCCCCAUGUCACAUCCGCCAUCAGCACGGAGCUAGACCCACACGGUAUGUCUGCAUCCCCCUCUGUGAUCUCCAGACCAGUUGUCCAGAAGACUGCUAGGGUAUCUCUGGCUUCACCAAACAGAGGCCCCCCUGGUACCCAUGGCACCAACCAACAGGUGGCCAUGCAAAUGCCUGUGAGCACAUCCCAUCCUAACAAACAGAUCAGUAUCCCCUUGUCUGCCCUGCAGCUGCCUGGACAGGAUGAACAAGUUGCCUCUGAAGAGUUCCUGUCCCAUCUGCCCAGCCAGGUCUCCUCCUGUGAGGUAGCCCUUUCUCCCUCAGUUAACACAGAGCCAGAAGUGAGCUCCAGUCAGCAGCAGCCCCCAGUCGCUCCAGCCAUAACCACUGAGGCCACAGCACAGUGCAUACCAGACCAGGAUGAAAGAGCAGCUGAGCUCAGCAGGGAGCAGAACGAGAAAACCAUCCGGAGCACGCAGACCGCGCUCCGCAAUUUCCCUUAUUCCACUAAGCUCAACAAAUUUCCUGUAUUUAAUAUUAAUGAUGACUUGAAUGAUCUGUGUACCAGUGCAGUAAGCCCAAAUACUACCAAAGCCACGCGGUACGCCUUGAAUGUGUGGCGAUAUUGGUGCAUGACCAACGGGCUCAAAGACCACACAGACAUCACCAAGAUCCCUGCAGUGAAGUUGAACGAGCUGCUUGAGAACUUUUAUGUCACCGUUAAGAAGAGCGACGGCUCAGACUUCCUGGCCACCUCACUCCAUGCUAUUCGCCGAGGCCUGGACCGCAUCCUGAAGAAUGCAGGUGUCGGCUUUUCCAUCACCAGCAGCACCUUCAGCUCCUCCACCAAGAAACUCAAGGAGAAGCUGUGGGUGCUGAGUAAGGCAGGCAUGUCGGGCGCGCGUUCUCGCAACAUCGUCUACUUCUCCCUCUCUGACGAGGAGGAGAUGUGGCAGGCAGGGUGUCUGGGGGAUGACAGCCCUAUCACUCUCCUGUCCACUGUGGUCAAGUACAACAGCCAGUACCUGAACAUGCGGACGCUGCAGGAGCAUGCAGAUCUGAUGUACGGUGACAUCGAGCUGCUCAAAGACCCCCAAAACCAGCCGUACUUUGCCCGGACAGACAGCGUCAAGCGGGAGAGUCGGAGCGGCUCCACCAGAGUGUGUCACGGGAAAAUCUACCAUGAGCAUUCCCGGGGACACAAACAGUGCCCUUACUGCCUCCUCUACAAGUACAUGUACAUCCACCGGCCGCCCACCCAAAUGGAGGCCAAAUCCCCCUUCUACCUGACUGCCAGGAAGGAGGCCACAGACAUGGGCAGCGUGUGGUACGAGGAGCAGAGAAUGGGGCUGCGCUCUCUUCGGGGAAUUGUCCCAAACUUAGCCAAGAAGGUCAAGCUGGAAAACUGUGAGAACUUCACCUUUGUCUCGUUCACUCAGGUCUCCCGGAGGCUUGGCUCCCACAGCUGCUGCCAGUGAGCCCUCCCUGGGGCCCAGCCACUGCCCUGUCACCUGCUCAGUGGGCGCUCCCUGGGGCGGCCAGGGCUGGAGCAGCUGGAGCUCCGCGGAGGCAGGGGCUGACUGGGUGUGACCUCCGGUCUGGCAGCUCUCCCCCUGGUGUGGCCCGCUCUCCCUUUGUCUUGGGGUUUGCUUUUUAAAAUGAAACUAGAUGAGUCUAAAUCAUUCGAAUGGUUUAUCCAAAUGUGUGUCAACUUUGUUAGCUUUUAGAAUCUAACACAAUGUAUAAUUGCUACAUGCAAGAGUGAGGAAAUUCAUUUUCUCUAGUGCCUUUCUAGCACAGGUUUUCUAAAAAAAAAAAAAAAAAAAAAAAGGAAACUGUUAAGUAGUCAUUUAAAAACUCCCAGUAGCGCAGUAGCUUUAGAAUGUUAGGAAGACUGUACACUUUGUUGAAUUACACUCACAAGGAGGAACUGGAGAGAGGCAGACACGUUCCCUGUUUCCAGCAGACAGAUUGCGCUUGACACGCCUUUGUUUUUUUUGUUGGUGGAUAACGUGGUUCUGGAGGGCAGGAAGCCUUGUGUCAGGGAAGAUCCUCAAGCGACAUUCGGUCAUCUGACAGGGACUCGGGCUGCUCCCACGGCUCCCAGCAGCGGGAGGAACCCCAUCUCAGCUGCCAAUGAGAAAAUUUUAUGACAAAAGAUUCACGCACCAGAAGGGUGUCUGUGAGAACAAGGCUUCUAGUGAACUAGACAGUUUGUACCGUGAGGGAAUUUCUAGUAGUGAAGGAAAAUGGCUUGGAGAAGCCAAUCUGUGAUCAAAAUGUGAAAACCUCCUGACGCAGAAGUGCCUAUGUUUUAUUUCUCAGCACCAUGUGAGAGCUCGUUUGGAACAUUUUUUGAGGUUUCUGUCUGUUCUUUGUGUCAUCCCAUUAUUCUGUCAGCAUAUAGCACUGGAUCUAUAAAACAAGUAAAGGUAAUUUUUAGUCUUAGCCAAGAAAAGCUAACCAAACAAGCUGCAAAAAACACAGAUCCCCAAAAUUUCUUUAUUAAAGAGCUUUGGAAUAUUUUUGUCAAUGUAUAACUUUUCAGCCACAAUUAGAUGUCAUCAUUUUAGGCUGGCACCAAUGCUUGGGACACGAUGAUUUAGGCACCCCAGCAGGUAAGCAAACCCAGCAUUAAGGAUGUAGUUAUAAAAUGAGCGCAGCAUGGUAGCUAAUGCAGUUUGAAACCAUUUCACUCAGGUCAAAUGCAACCUGACCACAUUAUUUAAAAAUCAGCAGAAUUUUCUAAUAACUACUCUGAGUGCAACCACAACUGAAAAAGGAGCCCAAAGAGUGCACAGUAAUAGUAACAAUAAUUUCUAGGGACCUUGACUUUGUAUUUGAGAAAAGUCUCCUGUAACUUUAUUCCAUUAUGCUCCUAAUAUGCUUUCUAAUCCCAAAUUAAAAUUCUAAUACAAAUUCAUUUUGUAGAAGUCUUAAAAUCAGUCCUCUUUCUUUUUAAAAACAUUAUUUUAGUAUUUAUUUUAAUUAAUUGGUUUCUUAAAAAAUCAUAUGCUAGUCAUUGAGAUAUGUAAUACUUCCUUUACCAGAGAAGACUCAACCAAUGCUGCCUUAAGAUUUAAUGUUAUUCCCUUUUUAGUCACUGUGCAUUUAUAAGUUUGUUUACUAGUUGACAUUUCCUGAAAGGAGAUUAAUUUUGGUAUUUCUCCAUCUGUAUAUAAAUAACAGGUAAUAUUUAAUCAUCAGUGUAUGACUUGAUAUCACAUAAUGUUCUGGUGUGGUUUCCUGUAGUGAUCUUAGGGUUUUGAUUUAAAAGAAAUACACAAAACAUUAGGUACAAUUUCCUUUAGUUUGCUAAACACCCAAAGGAUAUUUUGUUUUGUUGGUUCUGCACUUAAACUGAAAUACAAGCUAUGUGAACUAUUGGGCAAAGCCUGUAGCCUAAUUAAAUAAAACCUCCAUUUUUAUUUGAAUAGAGUCAAAAAGAAAUUGCCAUUAGGAAUCACUGGGAUCUUUUCAGAUUUUGACCUUUUCAAAGGUAGCAAUAACGACUGCAGAGGUUGUAAUCUUUCUGUUGGUAGUGGCUUUUCAUCAGCUCAAUAAUCAUCUCUCCCUCAAAUGUGUUGCCUAUCACCUAGUUGAUGUUCCAUAAAAUCCCUGGGUUCUGAAGUGAAUUAUUAUAAUAAAAAAUCAGGAGGGCAAAUCUUCAGUGGCAUCUGAUGGAAUAAAAGCAGUGUCUGAGCAGCCUAAAAGCUGUUUAUGACAUUCCACCUUGGGGAACAAGAGUGAGGAACUAAACACAGUCAUCAAGUGUUAGCAUGUGCUACCCGUUGUACUAGGUACUUUAUUAUGCAUUUAUGUAUAUGUGUGUGUGUGAAUCUGUGUAUACACAUGUAUACAUAAAUGUAUACACAGACACACACACACACAAACACACACAAUAUGUGGUUAAGCCUGGUAAGCCUGCUAAAAUGGCAAAGCGGCCUGGUGCAGUGGCUCACGCCUGUAAUCCCAACACUUUGGGAGGCCAAGGUGGGCGGAUCACUUGAGGUCAGGAGUUAAAGAUCAGCCUGACCAACCUGGUGAAACCCCGUCUCUACUAAAAAUACAAAAAUUAGCCUGGUGUGGUGGCAGGUACCUGUAAUGCCAGCUACUUGAGAGGCUGAGGCAGGAGAAACGCUUGAACCUGGGAGGUAGAGGUUGCAGCAAGCCGAGACCACGCCACUGCUCUCCAGCCUAGGCAACAAAGCUAGACUCCAUCUCAAAAAAAUAAAAAAUAAAAUGGUGAAGCGCCUGUCCAUGUGUUUGGCCAAAUCCAUCCUCCGAGAUCUUAAGGGGGCCGGAGUAGGAGUCCUCGUUGGUGUUCUAAGGCAGUUGUUCUGGCUUCCAGUCAGCUCUAAACCUUACCUUCUGGGGACUCCAGGAUUUUCUGCUCUUGGCCUGAUGCAAGAGAAAGGAGAAUCCCCAGAGAGAGAAGUGGGGCGGUAAAGAGCAUUUUCUCCACUUACCUUUGGGUUUUUUGUGCUCCCAAGUAGAAAUACGUAUCAAGAAUUCACAAGUUUACUUAAGCACAGGUUGCCCCUGGGCUGUGUGUCAGGGCUGGUGGUACUGCAGGUGUUAUGAGAGGAUCCGUAGAGUGUCCUUCAGGUGAACUGUUGUCCACAGCACCUUUCAUAUCUGCUCUAAAGUGAGCCCUACUUUCUGGCUACCGCCCCCCGCCCGCCGAAUCUAAGCAGACUCCAUGUUGGAAGCUUACUCUGGCACAGAAGCUAGGAUGUCGCCUUAAAGGUUAUGAUUCAAUUGAAUAUAAAGAGUUUAGGGCAGUACCAGGCACAUCAUAAGCACGCAAUAAAUGUUAGCCAGCUUAGUUAUAGCUUUUGGUAAUAACUAAUAUUAUGUAACUAAUUUGCAUUAUACCACUUAUUUCUUCCAUUAUGGAGAUUCUGUCUCCCUUAAACUGUUAAACUUGAAAAAGAAACCAAACCUGAUAAUCUGGUCAAGUUAACACAUUUCACCCAUGAAUUCUACCUCCAACACAACCAAGCUCUGAUACCUCAGAUAUAAGCAAAAACAAGUGAAGGAAGAACAGAAAAGCCUUAUGGGGCUUUAUGAGAAGGUUUUUCCAUUGUUUAGUGUGUUUGCAAACAGGAAUUUUAUGGAAGUACCUAACCAAAGCUGUGAAAGAUGGGUCUUCGUGGUCAUGUGGCAUUUUCCAGCUUUCCUUGGAUUUUAUGCUACAUUAAUUUGCCCUGGCUGAUAAGUGGUGUUUGAAGAAAUGUGAAAUUUGGUUACUUUGAUUUUUAUUUUAAUUCAAGCUUAUUAAAAGCAUCAAGCAUUAUAUGCCACACUCAGCAUUUUCAUAGACAUAGUCAUUAGGAGAAUCUGGACAAAGUAAUACUCUUGUAGAAAAGGAAGCAUCUUGCUGUACUUGAAAGAUAACUAGACUCGGAGCUGCUUCACUCCUCACUUGGGCAAAUGCCGAUAUCAAUUUCCUUAGCUAUAAAGUGCCAUCAGUGGGAUGGAUCUCCACAGUGAACCGUGUUGCACUUCUACAAUUCCUCGAGGUGAUAUAAUUAGGAAGUGGCAGAGCUAGGACGCAAAAUUCCUAAUUCCUGAAGGAAUUCCCAAUUCCUGAAGAUAGUUAAUCUCCUAAUUUAGUGCUUCUCACCAUAUUGGGAUGCCUUCUUUAGGAAUAAGACUUUUCUUUAACUUUCAAGUUCCACAACUUCUAAAAUUAUUUUGCUAUCUCGAAGCAGCAGAAUAUUGAUCAUUUUUCUCAGUUUAGGCUAACACAGUCCACACCGUUACCACUAAAAUAAAGUAACAGAAUGCUUAAAUAUUGUCCUUAUCAAACAUCCAUCACUUUGUUGCUUUUAUGAGAUGUAGAUUGCUAAAAACUUUUGAGGUAGUAACUGGUUACCUUUAGGCAUCAAUGAACACAAACAGUGAAGACCUCAGAGAAGAGUGACCUCAUUUUCUCUACACAAUCUCCAGUGUAGUCUAAGAUAAGGCCCAUACAUAGUUAAAAGCUGGUAACAGCUCUGAACAGAAGUAUGCAUUAAAAGUUUCAAACUUGUAUAUAUUUUUGAAUGCUUUUGUUUUUGGAGUGAAUUUUUAAUGCUCUGUGUUAAAAGAAAAACGUUCCAUCGUGUAGGCAGUGUUCCUAAGUAAAAAUCUUUGUUGCAUUUUCCCAUAUAAAUGAAUCACCCUUAUUAAAACAGGAGGAGGGAGGGAUUCGUGGUGACCUACCACUGCCCUCCCCUUCUAAGAGAAGAGGAGGCCAUGGGAUAUGAUAACUAAAUGAACAUCUCUGGAAGUUCCUCCAUCUGACAUGUGUAUUCUGACAUAACAGAAUUUCCCAAGACUUCUUUGAGGAAGGCUGCCCAUGCUUCAGACAAAGCUUACCCAUUAUUAUUAUGAUUUUGAAUAUUUCUAGUUCAUUACAGUCCAAAAAAUCUACAGAAGUUCCCCAUGUUCAGUGGUUGACCAGAAUCUGAUUGUUGUGCUCAAUGAAAGCCCUUUAUUAUUUAGCUAAUACAACUCAUAUGGAAGUUAAUUAUUUCAGGAAAUAUGUAAUAAGACCCAAAACAUCACUGGAUAAUAUGUAGAUAUAUUUUAGUUCCAUUACUAUUCAUAGCAAUUAGAUAACUCUCCCUCCCCACAUUGAGGUGAGAAUGGGCUCCUAGAUACUUGGUGGUCAAUAUAACUGAUUUGAUUAAUUUGCAUUUAACUGUGGUUAUUGUUACAUCUACUGAUUUGUUCAAAUAAAAAUUUCUAGAAGGCUCAGAUUUGACUAA